AUGAAACACGCCAAAGAUCAGAAAGCCGAGAAAAGCAAUUCUCAACUCGUCAAAGAAGCCCUCGAAUCAUUUACCAAAACAGCUCUCGCGGAACUGGAGUUCGACUACGACGAUCUGUACUCUCGAAAGCAUCACAGAAAAAGCAAGGCCACCGACGAGCAGCAUGAAAACCUCCUCAUAGUCGUCGAGGAAGUCUGGAGUAGCCUCAAUGCAUCUCUGGAGAUCGAUCUCAGCUCGAAUCGACAUAUCCUUCUGGAUAAACGAAGCCAAGAUGCCCUCAAACGGGCCAUCAAGAAGGAUCAGACCUUGACCCUUGAUUUCGUGACGAAGUUCAUACCUACCUUCUGGAUAAAGUUCGUCGACCAGCGGAAGCAGCAGGAGAAGAGAGAUCUACUGAAGAAGAAGCGAGAUGCACAAAAGGCGAAAGAGGAGGAAGAGAAGCAGAAGCAGGAGUAG